UUUAAAUUCAAGCUGUGUACGCAUGCGGCGGGGAAGAAGAAGGUUGAGAUCUCUCUUGCUUAUGUGGGUGGCACGAUCUUGUCACACCUGAAUAUUGUGGAGCUUGUCAGAGAGGUCACAACUAUAACUGAGGAGUUUUGCGUCAAAAAAUCUGACACAUCGCUCAUUGAUAUUACCCGCCGGAAAUUCAAUGUUACCCCCACCACCGGUAUCGGUGUUCUCCGCCUCUUCUUCCACGACUGCUUCCUCUCCGGUUGCGACAUUUCCACUCUCAUUUCCUCCAACGCCUUCAACAAAGCUGAGCACGAUGCUGAAAUCAAUCUUUACCUCCUCGGCGAUGCGUUCGGCGCCAUCGUCAGCAAUAAAACUUCUCUGGAACUCCAAUGCCUCGCCAUCGUCUUCUGCGCCGACAUUCUACUCCCUUACAACCAUCUCCUUGCAGAGAGAGGGAAAUGA